CUGUGAGGAAACCAUGCACGCAAAGACGUUGGAUGUCCCCAACACAACACACUCUUAGAGGAACUUAUUUCUGAAGAAUGAUUUAUUUCCUUAGGAUAAAAUUUUCCCAGAUUGAGGACUCAACGGGUCUUGUCUCUUGACGAGUGGUAAAUCGGCAUUCCCGGAAAUGACCAUGUCCUCCACUCGGGCCGUCCCAACGCUGACCAUCCUGCCCCCGUCCUCCGACACGGAGUCCUGGUCCCGAUCGCCCAGCCCCCGGCCGUAUCGCUCCGGCCGCCAUCCGCGCUCCUACCGAGUCCGCAGCCGAACCAAGAAGCGGAGCGCAGAUAAGCGGUCCGGAACCCCGCAGAUCGUAAUUGAGGAGGAAAUGGCCCCUGCGCCCUCUGCCUUAGAGGCCCCUCGGAUAAGAAGUGAGGAGCAGGACCGUGACCUCCUUUUGCCGCCUUCCCAAUCUUGGUCGCGUAGCCCCUCUCCUAGCCGCCGCUCUCGGUGGUCCCUCCGGAGCCUGCUGGGCAGGGAUUCUGACUGGGACAGCUGCAGCACGGCCAGUAACUCUCCACGCAGCACUCCAGGCAGCUCCCCCUCCCUGCGGCGGCGGGUGCUUGGGGGCGGCCGAGCCAGCGAAAGCGAGGCAGCGGGGGAGAAAAGCAGUGGAGGAGGAGGAGGCGGGGGCUCAGACAGCCCCCUGCCGUCCAUACCGUCGGCAUCAUCGCUUACCUCGGCCUACCCGAUUGCCUCCCGACAUUUCAAGAGCAAUGCCAAGAAAAUGCAGAGCUGGUACAAUGUCCUCAGCCCCACGUAUAAGCAGCGGAAUGAGGACUUCCGUAAGAUCUUCAAGAAGCUUCCGGAUACGGAACGGCUCAUAGUGGAUUACUCGUGCGCUCUGCAGAAAGAUAUCUUGCUCCAGGGACGCCUGUAUCUGUCUGAAAACUGGCUGUGUUUCUACAGCAACAUCUUCCGCUGGGAAACCACUAUCACUAUCCUGCUGAAAGACGUGACCUCAAUGACCAAGGAGAAGACCGCCAAGCUCAUUCCAAACGCCAUCCAGAUCAGCACAGACAAUGAGAAGCACUUCUUCACCUCAUUUGGGGCACGGGAUCGCAGCUUUAUGAUGAUUUUCCGCCUGUGGCAGAACGCGCUGAUGGACAAGUCGUUGUCCCCCAAAGAAUUGUGGCACAUCGUGCACCAGUGUUACGGCACCGAGCUGGGCCUCACCAGUGAGGACGACGACUACGUCUCCCCGACCGCUGAACACAUGAACGGCCUGCUGCCUGGAGAAGAGUCCGUGUCCGUCACUGAUCUUCUGGACCUGAGCUCUGUCUCGCUUCCAUCCUCGGGCAGCUCCCCUCCUCCGCUGGUGCCCUGCAGUCAGGCCAGCCCCCCGUCGGCGACCAGCGCCGCCGUGGGCUCGUCCCCUCCCUCCACCGCCUGCUGCUUACCCAUUGAGGUGCCCUCCUUGUCGGGUAGGCGGCUCAGCUCGGAUCCCCCUGAGCCAAGCCCGCCCAACUCUCACGGCUCGGUCGCAUCCACCGCACCCACAAAUGUCUCUAACCCAGAGGAGGGCGGGGACAGCCUCUCCGAGUCAGCCAAUCACAUGCUGCCCCUUCCCAACACCAGCCUUGGAACCCUCUCCUCAUUGGACGCCACCAACGAUGAGGACCUGCCCACCGACCCAAGCAACUCAUCCGACACACAGGAGGAGAGUGAGGUGGAGUCGUUCUGCGCCGAUCUAAACGGGCGGCUGCACGUCAACGCCGCCGUACGAAUGAGCGUGGACAAGCUGCACGACCUGCUCUUCUCUGCCGACACACAUUUCAUCCAGCACCUUUUCUCACAGCGACAUUUCACUGACCUGACGGUGGGCGAGUGGCAGCGGGACGGCAGCAGUGGGACCACCAGCCGCGUGCUCAGCUACACCAUUGCUCUCAACAAUCCCCUCGGGCCCAAGACUGCCCCCGUGGUAGAGACGCAGACUCUGCACAAGAACAGCGCUCAGGGCGAGUGCUACGUGGUGGACUCGGAGGUGAUCACGUCGGGUAUCCCGUAUCAAGACUACUUCUAUACGGUGCAUAGAUACUGCCUCACCUCCAUCAAUAAGAACAAGAGCCGCCUCAGAGUUUCAUCCGACAUCUGCUACCGGAAGCAGCCGUGGAGUCUGGUCAAAGCUUUGAUUGAGAAGAACACGUGGAGCGGGAUCGAGGAGUACUACCGCCACAUGGAGAGCGAGGUGUGCAAGCUGGAGACGCUUCUUCAGUCUGAGGUGACCGUGGUGACGGCCAGGGACGCCAGCAGCGCCGCAGAGGCUGCCAAGACGCCGCCGGCCCUCCGGCGACGCAAGCGCACCUGCUCACGCCGUCAGGGGGACCGGGAUGGUGGGGCCGCCGCCGAGCGAGGGGAUAGGGGUGUCGGUGAGGAGCGAGAGCGCAGGGACGCCGGUGCUCAGUAUAUGAAGUUGGGAGAGCGCGCACGUGGCGCGGCACAAAACAGCGUCUCCACUAUCCUCCUCAUCGUCAGCUUCAUGAUCUGUAUCAGUCUGGUGGUGUUGGUGGCGCUCAACAUGCUGCUGUUCUACAAGCUGUACGCUCUGGAGAGGGCUGCCCACACACUGGAGACGUGGCACUCGUAUUCGCUGACAGACAGUCCUCUUCCUCAGACAGCAGGAGAGUGGGCUCAGGUCUUACAGCUGCAGAGGCAGUUCCACCAGGCGCAGCUCAGCAAGUGGCAGCAGAUUUUACAGUCGUCUGUGGCUCUUCUUGACCAGAUGAAGCAGUCACUCGAAAAACUCCACCAAGGCAUCGCCGUCCCCGGGGUCUACCAGGACCAACCGGCUGAAACGGAUGCAUGAGCCCUACCUGUACGGUACUGUCCACCCCCGCAUCCGUACCCCACCCAACAACAUGGAUGGUCCACCGGUUCCAUUAAAAAAAAAAAAAAAAAAAAAAACAUAACAGGGAACUACAUUACUCACAAGCCUCCUCUCACCUGUUGGACUUGAAAACCACAUCACCCCAUGGUGACUCAGCAAUAAAACUCGGAUGGAGGCCCACAGGUGGGCCCUCCAAAAAGCCGCUUCACGGAAUUUUCUUCCCACGCCACUUUUUUGUUUUUCCAAGUUGGCGUAAAUCUUGGGAUUUGAUGUUUAAAAAAAAAAAAACAAAAGGGACAUGAAGACGAGCGUGCAACUUGGGACCGUUACAGUAUUUAUUGCCCAAGUCCCGCCCUCCACGCCCUCCGAUUGGCUGUCAGCAGGUGGCCAAUAAUGACUGUAGUGAUUGUUCUUGAAUGUUUCAUAGUAGGAUAUAUUGUCAAUAAUAAUAAUUAUGAUGGUGCGUGUGUGCGUGUGUGUGUGUCCACGAGGAGUCCAUGUUACAUUUCUGAUAUUUUCGUAGUGUUGGCUGUUUUUUUUUUUUUUUUUUUUUUGGCCAAUGUUUCUCCGACACCUCAUUCGCUUGCCAAUCAUCACGGACCAACCGCAAUUCCUUGACGGGACAAAAGGGAAUCUCAUUUGUAAUACAUUUCUCUCACCUCUCACUUUUUUUUUUCUUUUUAUCGUUACAUUUCUACCCCUUCAUGUCCCCAACUCCUUUUAUUGACCAAUCACCACCCACCCUCUGACUCCACCACUCCAUCUGCCCCGCCCGCCUUCCCUCCCGUUUGAUUUGUUACGGCCCUGCUGUGCACGGCCGGCUGCGCACCACGACAAAAGGGGUGUAUUUAUUUAGGGAGGGGUGCAAAGACGAGAAUGUACUGUGAAGAUGAUGUGAUUGUGCACACGGAGAGAAAUUGAAAAGAAGAAAAAAAA